GAGUCUGUGUUCCACCGACAUUAACUAACACACGCUCACCAUACAAUAUAAUCCUACACUAAUUAAUCGGCCCAAUCCUGAGGAUCGCGAAUAAAUAUAGCUGCGCCCAAGGCUACACUGUCCACGUGGGAGCUCACGGGGCGUACAAGGCUGUGUUUUGAUGCUGAGCCCCAACGAUGCAACUGGGGAUAUCAGUUUGUUUCUCAACGCAACGGUUCUCCCACCAUGCAACUCUCGAUUCCAUCUCUAUCUAUCCGUCUAUCUAUUGCACCGGAUGAUCUUACAUAUCAACUACCACAAAGUAUAACGCAUAAAAAAUGCCCGAAACCCCCAACAUGACUGCUCCCAAACCAACAACAACGACGAGAACAGCACCUCCACCGUUAAACCCCUACCUCAACGCCUCUCGUUUCGAAGUACCCCAAGAGCCACCUCCAUCCUAUCAUCCCACCAAGCCCCCUCCCUACACAGCAUCGUCAUACCGAUCACCGCCUCGCCUAGGCCGAGACCGGCAACGACAACGAGAGCAAGAGAGGGAGCGAGGGCGUGAAAUCCACAGAUCGAAUAUGGUUAGGGACGUAGAGAUGCAGAGACAGGAUAAGAAACGAAGGGAGACGAAUCGUGGGGUUCGGGUGGUCAUUGCGAUUAUUGCCGGUGCGAUUGCUGGGACGAUUAUUGGGGUUGUGGCUCGGUAUUAUUAGCGCCUGGUUCGAUAUCGUGAUGUGAUUGUUAUUUAUGGGUUGGAAUUGAUGGAGAUGGGUGGGUUUGGGUCACUUUGGAUGUUAUACGGAGUACAUACCUUGGUUUUGGAGUUCGGAGUUGAUCAAGCAUGAUGUCAAUGCCAUGUCUGCAUGUAUAUAAUAACUGAUGAGCUUUAUUCUGCUUUGUUUAAUCUAUUGCAGUCUGUGUACGGAGUAUACUCUGUGAGAUUUAUCUGGAUGAUCGGUGAUACUUCAUUUCUGGCUUCGAUUUGAUCUACCACAUGGGAUGAAGAUUGAUCAUAAAUGGU